AAAAGAGUCACAGUGUGUGAAGAUAAAAAGAACCAUUUCAUCCAUUGACAACAUUCAUCUGUAACCCAUGACUUAGUGAGACGUGCCGAUGGGGCUGCUCACGUCUAAACUCGGCGGGUUGGUCCCGAGUGAAGCCAGAAAUGGAAACUUACAGGUUCCUCCAACCAUUGUCGUCUCGGACACGGUUCCAAGUGCAUCAGAGCACCAGGGCUCCAAGACGCAGCUGCGGAGGUCUUCCGUCUACAGCACGAUCGACCUGGUGCCGCAGCCGGAGCAUUAUGACAUUUCACUGCCAAAUCGUCAGAUGAAGAGCCGUCCAUCCCUUGAGGUUCUCCGCAGCUCAUACGGGUCGCAGGGGGGUGUAGAGGUCCCCGAUAAAGAGUUGGGAGAUGUCAAUGCUGCAGACAUCGAACAGGAAGGCUCACAAGCUAAGGGGAAACAACCCAUUAGGUUUGGCUGGGUGUUGGGAGUCACGGUUCGUAGUAUGCUGAACAUUUGGGGAGUCAUCCUGUUCGUCCGUCUCACGUGGAUCACAUCCCGGGCCGGCAUUUUGUUGACCUGGCUUAUCCUCGCGAUGUCCGUGUUGGUGACCUCGAUAACUGCCCUCUCCAUCUCUGCUAUCGCCACCAACGGGAAGGUGAUCUCAGGAGGGACGUAUUUCGUGAUCUCCCGCUCUUUGGGCCCUGAGAUUGGUGGUCCGAUCGGGGCGGUGUUUGCCUUUGGCAACGCUGUGGCCUCUGCGCUCAAUACCAUGGGCUUCUCAGAGGUGGUCCGCGAUCUGAUGAGGGACUUCGGUGUCGUCCUGGUCGAUUCAGCCAACGACGCCCGUAUUGUGGCCGUGAUCACGGAGACUGUUCUUCUGUGCAUUGCAAUAGCUGGGAUGGAGUGGGAGUCCAAGGCCCAGUAUUUAUUCUUUGUAGCUCUUAUGCUUUCGUUUGCCAACUACUUGGUGGGCACAGUCAUACCCCCCACAGUGGAGAAACAAGCCCAGGGCAUCUUUGGAUACAGUGCUGAUAUCUUUGUGGCAAACCUAACACCAGACUGGAGAGGAACUAACUUUUUCCAGCUGUUUGCCAUUUUCUUCCCUGCUUGCACUGGCAUUCUGUCCGGGGUCAACAUCUGCGGAGACCUCAAAGACCCUGCUACCGCCAUCCCCAAAGGCACCCUCAUGGCCAUUUUCUGGACAACACUCAGCUACAUAGUUAUCCCUGUGACCGCCGGAGCAUGUAUGCUGCGGGACGCUUCAGGUAAUAUCAGUGACAUGAUGACGGGCAACAACACGGGCGGCUGUGUGGGUCUGGGGUGCGCCCACGGCUGGAACUUCACAUCGUGCACUCAGUUACAAAACUGUAAAUAUGGUCUGAGUCCCAGUGCAAAGACAAUGGGCCAACUUUCAGCAUUCUAUUACAUCAUCCAUGCGGGAAUCUACGCUGCCAGCCUGUCGUCCGCCCUCGGCUUCCUCGUCUCCGCCCCCAAAAUCUUUCAGUGUCUUUGCAAAGACAACAUCUACCCAUACAUUGGAUUCUUUGCCAAAGGUUACGGCAAAAAUCAUGAGCCCCUGCGGGCUUAUUUUCUCUCCUACGUCAUUGCUAUGAUUUUCAUUCUCAUUGGUCAGCUGAACACCACGGCGGCCUUGCUCUCCAACUUCUUCCUGUGCUCCUACAGCCUCAUCAACUUCAGCUGCUUUUACGCCUCCACCGUCAACUCCCCCGGUUGGAGGCCGUUGUUCCGCUACUACAGCAGAUGGGCUUCUUUGUUCGGCGCCGUGAUCUCCGUGGUCCUGAUGUUCCUGUUCACCUGGUGGGCGGCUCUCGUCACCUUCACCCUCAUCAUCUUGCUGUUCGCCUACCUCAGCUCCAAAAAGCCCACGGUGAACUGGGGAUCGUCGAUGCAGGCGAGUACAUACAACAUGGCUCUGUCCAGCUCCGUCAGGUUGUCUGGUGUCGAGGAUCACGUCAAGAACUUUAGACCACAGUGCCUCGUCAUGACUGGGCCCCCGAACCAGCGACCGGCACUGGUGGACUUCGUCGGCUCCUUCACCAAAACAAUAUGCCUGAUGAUUUGUGGAGACAUCAUCAUGGAGCAGGACAAGCACGCUCGGCCGCACGACUCCACGGACAUGUCGUUGAAGUGGUUGAACAAGAGGAAGGUGCGCUCCUUUUACAGCUCGUUCCCUGCCGACAGCGUCCGAGUGGGAGCUCGACACCUGCUGCAGGCUUCUGGUCUUGGCAAGCUGAAGCCCAACACUCUGGUUCUGGGCUUCAAGGCAAACUGGAGGGAGAGUUCACCUGAAAGCAUCGAUGAUUAUAUUAACACCAUAUACGAUACCUUCGACGCCAACUACUGCUUGUGUAUCCUGAGGAUGAUGGACGGUCUGGAUGUCUCUGAGCAGCUGGAUUCUGAAGUGAACCAGGCCUUUGAGCUUGAUGAAUCUGUUGAAGAUGAAGACCAGAAGCCUUCUGAGACGGAAUCGGCCGACGACCUCUCCGACGAAGGCCACGACACUCAGAACAAGACGGUGUUUCAGAACGACCAGGGCAAGAAGACCAUUGACGUCUACUGGAUAGCCGACGACGGAGGUCUGACUCUGCUGGUUCCCUACCUGCUCACGAGGAGGAAGCGCUGGCGCCGCAGUAAGAUCCGCGUCUUCAUCCUGGGAGACGAAGAGAACCAGGAGGAAGGCCGCAACAAGAUGAUCGCUCUGCUGAAGAAUUUUCGCCUGGAUUGCAGCAACGUCACGGUGAUAACGGACAGCGAGAGGUCUCCCAACCCCAAAAACCUCAGCAGGUUCGUGGAAAGUGUCGCUCCCUUCAGGCUGCACAGCGAACCGCAUGAAGGCGACUCGGUCAACGAGAUGAAGCAAAGCGCCCCGUGGAAGAUAUCAGACAAAGAGUUCGAGGCCUUCAGAUUUCAGUCCGAGACAAAGGUGAGGCUGAAUGAAAUCAUCCGGAGGAAUUCUCAACAUGCUGCCCUCGUCCUCGUGAGCCUUCCUGUGCCACACAGAGACUGCACCAGUGCUCUGUUCAUGGCCUGGAUGGAUACUCUGACCUGUGGCCUUCACUGCCCGGUGGUGCUGAUACGAGGAAACCAGGAGAACGUGUUCACCUUCUACUGCCAAUGAGUCAAAGCGAUGGACACUAGAUCGAGCCCCACCAACUGAAGUGGGAAGAAAAUAUGUAUUCGUGCAAUAAGUACCAGGGAAGGGUUUAAAAGUUCUGUAUCUAAAAUAUACGUGAAGACGACACUCGCUGAAGAUCAUCUCCGGAAUGUCCCCUCUUAGACAAGAGAAGUAGGUUUUGUAAGAUAACUUCUUUACAAAGCAAAGAGAUUAGUAUGAGUGCUUUAGUUGUGUAGUAAAAUCAUUAUUGUUAAUAUGAAAUGUUCCCACAACGAAAGGUAUCCAUGGCGUGUGCACUUUAUUGCAUCAAUGCAACAUUUGAUUUAAUGCACAAAGGAAUCUGUUGUUCAUGAUGCAAGAUGGGGACUCAUAAAUGCCCCAAAACGUAAUUUGACCCCCAAAGGAAACAGGACAAUAACACAUUCAAUUAAACACAUUAACAAGAAGAAUAUAAAUUGUCACAUUAUCUUAUCCUAUGUGUGUGAAUAUAUCAAACAAAGACCGUGUACAACAUUUAUUGCAUUUUAACUGUGAGUGAAAUGUAACGUGAUGCUAACUAUAAAUAUAACUUCAUCGAUAUACUUACUGAGCCAGAUUUCAACCCUUUCUAUGAAAUAUGAAAUAUGAGGUCGUCGAAUACAAGAACUGGAACCCGACGACGGAGGUGGAUGGUUGCGACAUGUCCUCAGCCAUGGAAACAGGAGGAGGUCAUAAGUGGUUCAAAAAGAGUGCUCACAAGGAGUUCAAUUUCAUCUGCUUGAGGCGUUGAAGGCCGAACUUCUGGUGGCGGGACGUUUACUCUGGUAGUUUGCUGUGGUGUGACUUUGGUGUCCUUAUCUGCUGGGUUCAUGGGAUGGCAUUCUGGGAAAUGUAAAGAGGUUCUUGGCUUUUUCUUAUUGUUGACGAGACAUUCCAUGAAUUUAUAUCGCAGACAAAUCAAAAAACUCUCCCAUGUUUCAUCCUCAAAGGAGCUUAAUAAUAAUUAAUUACUUUGUUAUUACUUUUGAAUGCAUGUUUUACUCAAUUCAAUAUUGUAAAUGAGUCAUUUUAUUGUAGAAUCCACCUCCCCACUGCUCCCAGUCUGAACUGGUUUGAAGGUUUGAAUGUGCUUCUCAUGUCGUACUGGAUUAUUCCAGCAGAGAGCGGCAACAAGGGAACUCAUAAAGUCUCAUCUCCACUCAAUCAAUCAAUAAAUCAAUGAACUAUUAAUGAAGUGAUGAAACUGAGAAUGUUGUCCUGGAAUAUAUUCACUUUUCAUUCUAUUAUCUAAUAAAACAUGUACAACCAA